UUAGCCGGAUGUGUACACCCUUAUUGUAGCUUUCAUUGCUCGUUCAGAAACAACUAAAUCAGUCUGUCUGCUGGUGAACUGUGUUUAAAAUGGGGAGAUACAAAUGUGCCUACAACUGCGAGAGCUCCAGUGAUUCAGAUGUAAAGUUCUUCAAGUUUCCUCUCUACAAUCCCCGGAAACUGAAGAAAUGGCUCGUCAACAUGAAGUGGAAGGACUGGACUCCAUCCCGCUUCUCUGUCCUGUGCAUCAGUCAUUUUGAGGAGCAGUACAUCGACAGAACAGGCAAAAGUGUGAAACUCAAAGAAGAUGCAGUCCCCACCAUAUUUUCACCCCCUGACAACACACAGACAAGGAGGGCCUCCAUCAAAACCAGAAGUAAGAGGAACAAAACACAUGCCUCACAAACAGAUCCUGAUCAGUCUCAAGCAACCACCCCUGCCAAAGCAAAGAGAACUGUCCAGAACAAGGAGAGCAGUCAAACAGAGGAAGUGGAGUCUGUGGGAGACAAAGACUCAAUCAAAUCUGACAGAUGGAGGAUUAUAGUGGAUGAAGGGCUGAUGAAUAUUGAGUCAUUUCCUCAUUUCUUCCAUGGAGAUUACUGCGUCCCACAGGAUAUUCAGUGGGCUCCAGAUGAUAAUUCAAGUGCAGAAUGUAAAGAUCCUGAAAAUGUGAUCGAGGUGAAAGAGCCGUGGCAGUGGCUUGGUCUUGAUGUCAGAGGACCCCUGCCCCAAACACUGAACGGGCACAAAUACAUUGUGACUGUGACAGAUUACAACUCCAAGUGGGUGGAAGCUGUGCCGAUGCAGUCGUGCCUCCCUCCGCAUGUCGCAAAGCACAUCGUGGACAUCAUCAACCACUUUGGGUACCCGCUCAGAAUCCUCUCCAGACUGCCUCAUGACAUAGUCCACAAAAUCAACAGAGAACUGAAAGAUCAGCUGAACGUCACCGUCGCUCUUGUCAUCUAUCAUCAGCAGACAGGCACCACAGAUGUGAUCACACCGCAGCUGAUUAACAGGAUGGUCAGUGAUCUAAUAGAGGAGCAUGCAGCUGACUGGGAUGUCUACCUACCCGCCAAGGUUUUCAGUCUGUGUUUCAAAGAGCAUCCAGUGACCAAGCAGAGGCCUUUUUCCAUGCUCUGCUGUAGAGGACUGGAGCCUGUCCAAUCCCCAAGAGGACUGGACUUUACUUAUUCCAAGAUCCAAGAGAGUGCUUUUGUGGUGAGAUAGAUGGGUCAAUGAAAGUGGAAACCCAAUCGGACUAAUAACUAACAUGGAGGAGGAAUAUUAUUGGGCCAUGGAAGUAUUCUGACUUAGUCGAGGAUCGUCGUGCUGAAGCUUUGCUGUGCUUCACUUCAUGGCUCCAAUUUAGGAACUCUGGAAUCCUGUUUUUUUUUUUUUACCUGGACGAGGACAUUGCUGACAAGAACAGAUCCUGGAUAUUAAGCUGCAAUUGUCUACAUUCUCAACCUUUUAAGUCCAAAAUAUGUUCUGGUUUUAACUCUCUUUAUUUUGGUCCAUUAAGUCUAAACAAGAAAACAAUUUUCAGAUUUGCAUGUGGGGUUUUUUUGUUCACGGGCCUUUUUUUGUAGAGUGGCCAUGUUUUCUCUGUGUCUUUGGGUACACUGGCUUCCUCCCACAGUUCAAAGACAUGCAGACUGGGUUAGGUUGAUUGGAGAUUAAAAAUGAACUGUAGGUGUAAACGUGAGAGUGAAUGGUUGUUUGUCUAUGUAUGUUGGUCCUGUGAUUCGCUGGUGACCUGUACAAGGUGUACCGCGGCUCUCGCCUAAUUGGGAUUGGCUCCAGCUCCCCCCAUGAUUCCUCAAAGGAUAUGCGGAAUAGAUAAUGGAUGGAUGGAUGGAUGGAUGAUAUUGUACGACCAUAAACUGUAAAUGUACAAAAUCUAGUAGAAUGACAGCAGCAGACAGUUUGUUACCAAGAGCAGGUGACCAAGAGUCCAUGGAUUUCUAUGAUGAACAAAAGUGGAGAAAAGUGAUGUGCAGGUUGAGACUGAUAGUUACAGCAUUUUGUUUUACAUUAGGAUUUGAUUGUAUCUUGUGAGCUGAGUGGUUCUUCUACGUCAGUGUUAGUCCAGAAAUUUGAAAUGCCCAAUUUCAAGCUGCUGUGCAGGAAUUAGUUUUUGUAGUUUUUGUCUAUAAAAUAAAAAAAUAAAAAAUCAAUAAACUUUCCUUUCUAGAAAAAGAGGGAUAGACAAUAAUAUUCAUGUGUAAUCAAUACAAAUUCAAGAUCAGUUGUUCAAAGUCAGAAUACAUGAGACAUCUGAUGCGUCAAUAAGUCGAUAUGAGUCGAUAUGUGGUGUCCAGUGCUGCAUUAAAACUACAGUAUCUCAAUGAGAGCACAGCCUUAAGAUCAUGUGUUCAUUUUCUAGAUGUCACCUGGUAAAUGGACAAUUUUAAUUUAAGAACAUUAUACGAUUUAUUUCACAAAAAUAAUUAUUUGAAAUUGUAUGCUUAUAGGCUGAUUUCCCCACAGACAUUUUGAUGCCAUUGCAAAAAAAAAAGCACAAGUGCCAGUGACAAUAUUAAUUAAUGACGCCUCUGCUCUGUUCAGUUUAAGCUUCUAAGUAAGAGCCAAAAUAUCGGGAAACUGAAACGACUGAAUGGAAUUCAGCCAACAUUCAUUCGAUUAGUCGUGAAAAUGUCUGCUUUGUUUGUAUCUGCUGCUGACCAGCAGACCAAAUCACAAACUCCACAACGUCACAAGAUUAAAAGAAACUGUCAUCCCAAAUGUCCUGUGACACCUCGC